UCUUUCUCUCUCAUCCAUUUUCCGCCGUCUCUUUCAUCCGUUCUUUUGGGAGCAUUUUUUCAAUCUCAUUUUUUCUUUCUGGUUUAAUAGUACCAAUUAAUCCUUGGACUAAAAUGUCGUCUCUUCUUCCGAUCGCUCUUUGGAGUCUUCAUGUCUCGCCUGGCCAGAGUCCUGUCCCGGCCGUUGACGCUUUUCCUGCUACUGUCCGUUUGACCAUGGCAGCAAUUGAUCCUUCCGCUAAGCCUUAUGAGGCGGGAAAACCGAAGCGUGCUACCUUAAAGUUUUUUUGCGAACGCAUUGUUGAUCCUGACGACGAUUCCGACGACGAUUUAGGGGAAGCAUCAGACGAAGAGGAGAAGGAGGUAACAAAGAGCUCGCUCAAGGGCAAGCAAUCGCCCAAAAGCAAAACGAGUAACGACGAUGCGAUGGAUGCUGAGAGCUCCGAUGACGAUCUUGACUCCUCUGGCGAAGACACUGACUCCUCUGAGGUGUUGGAGUCUUUCGUUGUCUGCACUCUAGAUUCCGAUAAGCACUAUCAACAAACCCUUGAUCUUGUCAUCGGCGAUGAUGAAUUGGUUUACUUCAAAGUUGACGGAAACUACGAUGUCUAUCUUACUGGUAACUACGUUGUUAGCCCCGGAGAUGCUUAUAAAAACAAUGGUGAAGCCGAUGGCGACUACGAUCUCUCUCCCGAUGAGGAUGAACUUUAUUCUGAUGAGGAGACCGACUCCGACGAGCUUGAUGACCUUGAUGACCCUCCACGCAUCCAAGAGGUUGACACUGAUGAAGAGGAGGCCGUGAAAGCUUCCAAGGCUGCAGCUUCCACUAAUUGCGCGAGUAAGAAGGACAAGAGAGUCGAGAAGGUUGAUAAGAAAGCGGACAAAAAGUCCCUGAAGCGCCCGGCCGAGGAUGAAGAGCCUCGUACUAUCGAUGAAAUGAUCGAGGGAGAGAAGAUUUUGUCUGAGAAUAAGGGUGAAGCCGAGAAGAAGCUUUCUAAGAAGCAACUUAAAAAGCUCAAGGCGAAUGAUGGCAAGGCGGUUGAAUUGGCUGCUGAUUCCAAGGCCAAGGAAGCUAAGAAAGUCCAGUUUGCUAAGGAACUUGAGCAGGGACCUACCGGGUCCCCUGUCACUGCCGAGAAGAAGGAGAAGAAGAUACCUAGCGCGAAGAGAGUUAUCCAGGGUGUCACUGUUAUGGAUAGCAAGGUGGGAACUGGGGAUACCGCCAAGAAGGGUAGCAAGCUUUGCAUGCGCUACAUCGGCAAGUUGGAGAAUGGCAAAAUCUUCGAUAGCAACACGAAGGGCAAGCCUUUCGCUUUCCAACUAGGCAAAGGCGAGGUGAUAAAGGGCUGGGAUGUCGGGCUUGAAGGAAUGCGUGUCGGAGGCGAGCGCCGGCUUAAUAUCCCGGCUGCUCUGGGCUAUGGAAAGCAGAACAUUCCUGGAAUUCCGGCCAACAGCAACUUGAUUUUUGACGUCAAACUCACCGACAUCGAAUAAUCCCGCUCGGCAAGGAAGAAAAAGGGGUUUUUGAGAAAUUAUGGACUCUUCCCUCUUCUUUCAUGAAUGUUUUAUAAAAAAGGGUCAUUGUGUAAAUUAAUUGAACUUUGUCCCAGCGUCAUCGCCUAUGACGUCUGGCUGUGCUCCGG